AUCUCCUCCUACUUGCAGCUGUGAGAAAGGAUUGGGUUAAACUUGUGUCCAUAUAUAGUAGCUUCAACACAGCAGAAGACACUGCAUCUUCACCAGGUAACCUUUUGUCACCUUUUGAUUAAAAGAGACUCUAUUGACAGCCAAACAAUGGCAGAUAAAGCCUACCGAAAGGAGUUUCUGGAAGCCCAUAACAAAUACAGGGAAAUGCAUAAUGCUCCCCCACUGAAAUAUAACGACGAAAUGAAUAAAAAGGCACAGGAAUGGGCUAACUACUUACUUCAAAAACGCAAACCUGAACAUAGUCGAACUGAUGAUGGAGAAAAUAUAUUCUACUUCUACAGCGAUCCACCCCGUAAACAAACAGGAAAAGAAGCUGUAGAAAAUUGGUACCGUGAAAUCCAAGAUUAUAACUUCAAGAAACCUGGGUUCGACAGUAAAACUGGACAUUUUACUCAGUUGGUGUGGAAAGACUCCAAAGAGCUUGGUGUGGGCUUUGCCGCUAGGGGUCCAGAAGUCUAUGUGGUUGCACAAUACCGUCCUGCUGGGAACGUCCGAGAUUACUUUGAGACCUGCGUCUUGCCUAAGAAGUAGCUGAUACCUCCCAUGUGACUUCUGUUCUGUAAUGUUCUGUUCUGAAUUUCUGUUCUGUAAAACAGGAGAGAAUUUGGUACAACUGUUCAAACUGCAGAGACAAGGAAAUGUGUAUCAAUAGUUUUACAGUUCUAUGUUUUUGUGAGAGGGAAUGUAGACCCGUAAUCUGUUCUUGCAUUUGUAUCCACUUUUAUUUUCUCUCAAAGAUACCAUCAUACAGUCUUAAAAAUGUAGGCAGUAAGAAACAACAAACUGGAGCAACUGAACAGGGAAACAUUGAUUAGAAGCAACAAGGAGUCUUUUUCUACAGACACCAAGAAGAAUGAAAUAAUUCAUAGCUACAUAGAUAUUAACUCAUUACACAUGGUUUGAUUGAAACAUCAUUUUGCAGAAAUUACAAGGGGAGAAGGGGUAUCUUUUUAACUGUAUUAUUCUGAAUUGUCAAAUAACUAUUCUGGGGAAAAGGUCAAAAGCUUCAAAUAAAAGACAACUGCAUUAAAAAUGUCAGAAAUUUAA